CUGCAAUCUCCUCUCGCUAUCUCUCUUCUAAUCCCAUCUUCUUCUUCUCUAUCUAUCCGCUUCCUCCCUCCUUCCCCCUUCCCCUCUGUUAAAAAAAAAGUUUCAAUCUUUCGAUUCAAAGCUUCAAACUUUUCACCUGGGUUUCUCUUCCCCCUUGCUUCUUCGUAUUACCCAUCUUCUGUAUAUUCUCACGGACGUACGGACAAACCCAAAAGACAAAACAAGCUCAUGAUUGAGAUUGUGACCUUUUUGUAAAUGAUUCACUGCUCUGCUGGAGACAAUGGUGUUGCUAACCAAUAACUUGCAGGGUUCACAUGUCUUGUCUCCUUGGAGUUCACCAACAUGGACCAAGGGCUUGGUUAUUAAGAGACCUGUUACCACAAUACGUCUUGCUGGGAGGAGCAAACAAAAGCAUUUACGAUUGAAGCAAAGUUGUUGUUUUAGUUUAGGGUCUCCCUGCAGUGGUGGAUUGAAAGCAAAAUCUUUCAGGGUUACAUCAUUCAAAGGCGGAAUCCAAAACAGUGAAUCAGGAGGGAGUGAGGGUGGGAAGAGAAUUACUAAUAACUCGGUGAAACUAUCUUACCGUUCAGAUGAUGACGAAAACAAUGUGAACAGCUCUCCAAAGGCACAGAACACAUCGAUUUCGUAUACCUCGGAAGCAGAUGACUCAGUCACAGGACAGCCUGCCAUUCAGAAGCUAUUCAAGAAAUGGUUAACACUGCUGCGCACACAAUCACCUGUUCAGGUGGUUGACGAGGCUUUGGGAGGAGAAGAGGCUCCACAGACGACAAAGCCAGAAACUGAAACUGAGAUCAAGAAAACAGAAAGCCUUCAGAGUGCGAAAAGUACAUUUUGGACCUUGUUUUGGAGUCUAGACGUAUCUAUCAAGAUUCCUUUACUGCUAUUUGUUCCAGCUUUUCUAGCUGUUAACGCAAUCUAUGGAGCUGAAGUUACAAAGGAGUUAUCUCCUUUAUGGAUAGCUGGUCCCUUGAUCGUGGCCCUUUAUGUCAAAAUGUUCCAAGGACUAUGCACCCUUUACGCCUUCUGCUUCAAGCAAAGCGCCAAGGUGAUAAGAAACCUGCCAUCUUAUUACCUUAUAGCAUACCAUUACAUCGUCCACGGCAAGCUCAGAGACGACGUGAGAGGUUUUGUGACUCGACCAGUUGUUGCCAUCAAGAACGCUGACUACAAAGAGCUCACACGCACCAAACUGAAACAGCUCCAAGUGUGGAUGGUUGAGAGGUACUUGGAUCUUGUUGAGUCUAUAUGGCCUUAUUACUGCAGAACUAUCAGAUUCCUAAAGAGGGCUAACCUGAUUUGAAGAAGCUCUUCAAUAUGAAAAGCCCCCCCUCAGGGAUGCUCUGUGAUUUGUACUUUUUCAUGUUGACUUUGUUUUUACCUUUUUUGAUUCUUAAAAUCUUAGAAAGGCCUUUCAUGUCUCUGAUGUUGUCUACAUGUAUACUGAUACCUUUUUUGAGGUUUUACAAUGAGUUCUUUUACUGUUUUA